GUGCGUCAGCCGCUAUAUGUCGGUUUUUACUCAUUUUUAGAAGUAUUUCGGCACAAAUAUGACGAAGAGGACGAAGAAAACUAAACACACUGUCCCAGAGCCCCUCAAUAGCGGAGACAAGGAACAGGAAAGAGACGAAUCAGAGGGAGAAAUGUCAGAGGAAGUGGACAGGCAACCGUCUGAUGUAGGGUCAGAUUCAGAGUGGGAGCCACCCCUAGUCAGCAAGCGGCCCCGUGGAGGAGAGGGGCAAGAGAGUUCCUCAGUUGCAGAGUCCAGUCCUCCAGCUUUCAAGAGAUGCGCUUCUAGCAAAAAGAAACCUAGAGGCACACGGAAGGGCAGGGGGCGUGGACGGGGGAGAGGCAUCAACAGCAGCAGUAGUCAAGCAUCAUCAGAAACACCUGGACAAGGAUGGAAUGGUGUUGAUGUCCCAGACAUCGUCCCACCACAGCCCAUCUUUAGACCAGCACGCACACCGGGACCCCAGCUUAUUCUUACAUCUUCUUACACAGCCCUGCAGCUGUUCCAGCUUUUCCUAACCAAGCCUUCUCUAAAGACAAUAGUUCAAAAUACCAAUGACUUUGGCAUAGCUUACUACGCAAAAAUCUCCUCCCCCUGGACUGACUUUACCAUAGAGGACAUGUAUUCAUUCAUGUCCUUACUCAUAUACAUGGGUUUGGUAAAAUGCACCGCAUUUUUAGAUUACUGGAAAGACAGUAACCUUUACAACUUCCAGUUCCCGAGACAGGUAAUGGCUGUAAAGAGGUUCCUCAGGAUAAACCAGGCUCUUCACCUUUGUAGCCCAGAGGCGGAUGCUGAAAAUGAGAGGAAGAAAGGCACAGCAGAUUUUGAUCACCUCUGUAAAAUAAAGCCACUCUAUGAGGAGAUAAAAGAGGCUUGUAAAAGGAGCUAUCAUCCCAGCCAGGAAAUUGCCAUUGAUGAGAGAAUAAUUGCCACAAAAUCACGGACUGGUCCCAAGCAACACUUGAAUAACGACUCUGUUCGUUGGGGAUACAAGCUCUUUGUUUUGGCUGACUCCAAUAAUGCAUAUACUUGGGACUUUUUUGUGUAUGAUGGAAAGAUGGAGAAGAAGAGUGGUAAGGGGCUUGGUUAUGACUCAGUGAUGGAGCUGAUGGAUUCACGUUUGCUCGGCUCUGGCUACAAGCUGUUCGUAGACAGCUUUUUCACAAGUCCUGCUCUUUUUCGUGACCUCCUUGAGAAGAAGAUUUGGGCAUGUGGAACCAUUCUUAAGAACAAUUCUGGCUUUCCAAAAACAGGAGUCGAUGGUCUGGAUUCAAAAUCUCCCCGUGGCAGCAUACGCUGGAUUAGGGAUGACUCAGUCCUCUUUCUCCAGUGGAGAGAUGCAAAAGAAGUCUUGCUGUGUUCGACUCUCCACACCGCACACACAGACGACAAAGUUAAAAGGAGGGUCAGGAAUGCAGAAGGGCAGGGGGUGCUGAAGGAUGUCUCAAUUCCACCUGCAGCCAAGGACUACAACCAAUUUAUAGGUGGAGUGGACUUCUCUGACUCCCUCAUAGGGUACUACAGCGUCAACCAUAAAACCCGGAUGUGGUACAAGACAUUCUUUUACCACUUCAUGGACGUCGCCAUAGUGAACGCCUACAUCCUCCACAAAGAGAUCGCAAAAAGUAAAGGAGAGGUACCUCUGCCUCAGAAGGCAUUCAGAGAGACCCUCGCACAAGAGCUGGCAGAGGUGGGGUCACGCCCCAAAACCAAACCCAUGCCACCUCCUGGUUCAAGUGGAGCCAGUCACAGGCUGGUACACAUCAGCGGGGACAGCACUGUUGGCCGACGGACUUGCAAACUCUGCCAAAAAAAGACCCCAGUGAAGUGCACCUCUUGUGAUAUCCCUUUGUGCUUCGUCCCUGCUAGAGACUGCUACAAUGAGUGGCAUGCUGCUCAUAAUCUAUAGAUUAGCUUUUUUCUUAUGUUAAUGCUUUAAGUUACAAAAAUGCUCAAUAAUAAGGGUGGAUUUAAACUAAUGCAUUCAUCAUUAUGUGCAUAUUUUUCCAGAUGAGACCUUUUGAAUAGAAAGAGAGACGAGAUCAUAGUUUAGAAAUAGCACAAGUGCAUAAAAAUGAGCAGAAUGCAGGAAAUAAAAUGUUAAUGAUGGAAUUAAAUGGGGGACAUCUUUUUCCUUUAGUGCACACAUGGUGUGCGUGCAUAAUUUCAGUUUUUGUGCACGUGUAAUUUUCAUACUUUUCCUCCUUUGCCAAUCACACCCCUAAUUCUCGCUUUCAGACGUGGCGAAAAUCUGUCAGGGUUAGCAGCUACGUGAGUCUGGCAGUGCAAAUGUUGACCCUUUAGUUAGAUCAGACUCAACUGGCCUGACCAAUGGUAUUUCUCAGAUGCACACCAACGUCCGCUGUCUGCAUCAGCUGCAAAGCACUUGUCCAUCUGUUAACAGCGAGUGUCAGUUUCUCGGUUAUUCAGCAACUCAAAAAAUGACAAAUUUUGCUGUGAUCUUUUACAGCAAACAAAAUGAAAGGAUUCUGAUAUCUCAGCAUGAUGCAUAUUCAAUCUAAAAUCUAUUCUGAAGACAACCCUAGAAUAGUUACAAAAAAAAAGACUUUGGAUCAACCAUUUCUGAUGAGAUUUGGGUUACUAUUUAGUAACUGUGGUUAAUGAGGUGCAUAUUUAUUGAAUAAAAUUCAUAAGUCAAAAUUAAGUAAAAAGCAGAAGUGGACAGAGCUGAGCAGCCAAUCUCUAUCUGAAAAAGUCAAGUGGGGUUACAGUGUAACCACAUGUCCUAACGCGAGUGAGCAUUGGCGAAAAAAUCAGUUUGUUUGUUGACUCCUUUUGUAGUAUUCUGGCAGCCUGCAAGCUGUGCAGCAAAACACAGAGCAAAAUUUCCCCUGUUGCCCCAUUCCUAUUUUUCUCUUUUGCUUGGGUUGGCAAAGGGAAGUUAUAGCCAAAGAGAGAUGACAAGGUACCAGGAGUGUCCGGUCAAUAUUUCCUAGAUUUUCAUUCACUUUUGUCUCUUAAAAGAUCUUGUUGG